UUCUCUUUAAAUAUUACUAUGCCGGAAACGUAAAAUGUUGUAAUUCAGUGCAGUCUUAAAGAUAGACCUUUCCAUUGGGUAUGGUGAGGCUGCACGAUGAAUUCCACGACGACGUUCGAGUACACCGACUCGCCUUUCUUGGGUCGACAUAACACAGCAGUCAGCAAAGCGGACUUACUUGAAGGCGACUUCGAACUCACGCAGUUCAAGUUAGCGGCCCCAUCAGAUCGCACGCAAGAAAUCCGCGAAAUCAUCCAAGACGGGAAAGUAGCCGAAUUGAAAGAUUAUCUGUCGGAGAAUAAGAACGUUAAGCUGAUAAACGAUUUGGAUGACCAUGGUUUCUCUCUGCUACAUCUAUCAGCGCGAUGGAAUCGAGUCGAGAUGACACGAAUAUUGAUCGAUCAUGGAGCUGAAGUCGACAUUCGUUUAAAAAAUUCAUCAACACCCUUACAUGUUGCCGCGAGGUUUAACUGCCCUGAAGUUGCUGAAGUUCUCCUCAGUUCCGGCGCCCGCCCAUCACUAGUUGACUCUUUGAACAACAACGCCCUGCAUCACGCAGUGCGAAGACGCAAUAAAGAAAUGGUGUACAUGCUGGUGCGAGACACAGAUAUCGACGUAAACACCAAGACACAGGUUGGGCUGACUGCCUUGCAUCUAGUCUGCAUCAACGGUGAUAAAGAAAUUUGCCAAACCUUGCUGCGUCACGGGGCGGACAUUACAGCGAAGACCGCUGAACUUAGCACCCCAUUGCAAGUUGCUAUAUUCAGUUGUAACACAAGUCUUGCGGAGAUGCUGAUUAAACAAGCUUCAUCGCAACUCCUUGAUGUUAAAGAAUUUCUCAAUGAGCCUGAUGUGGACCAGGAUUGCGCUUUGCAUUUGGCGGCGGAAAGUAGAAACGUGAAGUCGGUGGAACUGUGUUUAAAAUACGGCGCUAACGUCAACGCUCAGAGAAGUAGCUUGAUGACACCCCUUCAUAUUGCAUCAAUGAGAGGUGACCUAGAGAUAGUGAAAAUUCUGUGUGGAAAAGGAGCUGACAUACACAUAAAAGACAACGAGAAGAAAACUUCAUUACAUAGGGCAGCCUAUGAGAAUCGUACCGAGGUUAUCAAGUUCCUCAUCAGUUUGGGCGCCCCACUUGACAGUAAAGCCAAUGACAAUCGCACGCCUUUCCUAGAGGCAGUGGUUGCUGGCAGUGUGGAAAGCGCUCGGCUCCUCCUUGAUUCUGGUGCAGACGCGUUCGCUAGCACGUCAGAAAUGAAGAACUGCCUACAUCUGGCGGUCGACAAUGGCCAUCUGGAAAUGGUACAACUUCUUCUGGAGAAUAAGAAAGCUAAAGAAAAUCUAUACAAGUCAGACACAUUUGAACGAGUUCCUCUUCACAAUGCAGCUAUUUAUCCUGAUAUUAAGAUUCUGGAACUCCUAUUAACUAAGUAUUCCCGAGCGUGUUUUCAAGACCAACUUCAGCAGACACCACUUCAUCUUUCUGCUCAAAGCGGCCGAUUCGCACAUAUCGAGGCCUUGGGUAGAGCCAUGGCCGGCAUCAAUGAAAGAGAUGAUGAUGGAAUGACACCCAUUCACUUAGCGGCAAUGAAAGGAAACAGGAAGGCCUGUCAGGUACUUGUUCGCCUCGGUGCUGAUGUCAACGCGAGGGACAACGAUCGCUGGUCACCUUUGAUGUGGGCAGCGAGAUCAGGAUGUGAAAAAACCUCCCAGGAGCUCAUAAAAAAGAAAGCUGUUCUUGAUCACUUCAACAAUUCGGGAAACACUCCUUUGCACAUUGCAUCAUCGUAUGGCAAUGUCAGAGUGAUGGAACUGCUGUUAAGUUCUGGUGCCAAGGUGUGCGUGCAAAAUAAUCUGGGGCAGACAUGUCUAGAUGUGGCAGUGCGUUCUGGUGCAGGUGAUGUGGCUCUAAUGAUGGCUCAGCACCGAAGAUGGCGAGAAAUUCUGGAUUGUCGCAGCCCAAACCACAACUCACCCAUGAAAAUAUUGAUAGAACAUUUCCCUGAGGCUGCCAGUCUUGUCAUGGAUCAUUGUAUCAAACGCUCGUCUCACAUUCGAACAGAUCCGAACUACACAGAGUCUUACGAUUUCCAUCUUCUCGACCCGGGUCCUGAUGACGAGGCAGACCUAAAUGGAAACCGUUUCUUCGGUCCCAAGACGAUGGUAAAAUUUAACCGUGAAGAUCUUCUUCUGCAUCCCCUAACGCAGAAACUAUUAGAUGUAAAAUGGGCUUCAUUCGGAAGAUAUAUAUACUACUUCAAUCUCAUAGCCUAUUUGGUAUUCCUGAUAACGUAUACCAUAUUCAUUGUCACGGAAAGAGAAGCUCAAGAUUUCAAUCCACGUAAAAGCGAGAAUGGAACUGAGAAAGUAAAAGCGUCAGAGAUUUUUACCAGGGCAACUGCUUUUAAUGGGGCGGUGUUGUUCGUCGCUUUGAUAUUUGCAGCUGUCCACAUUGCCAAAGAAAUUUUUCAGCUCUUCGUCCAAAGGCGUCGUUACUUCACCGACGCUUCAAACAUGACAGAAUGGGCUCUGUACUUGUCAACACUCCUUUUCAUAUUGCCUUACUUAUUGAGACCCGAAGAAUUAGACGAAUCUCUCGGCAGCUUCAAAAAUCCACGGAAUUUAUGGAUUGCUGGAAUUAUCUCCAUCUUCCUGUGCUACGUUAAUGUGAUUUUAUUCCUGAGACGAUUUCAACCUUUUGGAAUUUACGUUUCUAUGUUUUUAGAGGUCUUCAAGACAGUGGCAAGAGUGUUUGUGGUCUUCUUCAUAUUCAUCAUUGCAUUCGCCAUAGUCUUCUUUAUCCUCUUUAAAGAGCAGGAAUCGUUUAGUACACUUGGGUUGUCCAUCGUCAAAGUGUCCGUUAUGAUGGUGGGGGAGUUUGAGUACGAUACUGCGUUCAUAAGUAGCAUCGACGCCAGUAAUGACGAAACAAGAAAUCCUCUGAAUCCAUUUCCAGAGAUAGCACUCAUCUUCAUGUUCGCCUUUCUCUUCCUAAUGGCGAUUAUACUUAUGAACCUCCUGGUUGGUUUAGCGGUGGGUGAUAUCGAAUCUGUGCAAAGGACCGCCACCCUUCAGCGCAUGGCAAUGCAGGUUUCCUUUGUGGCCGAAGUCGAAAACAAGUACCCAAGAUUUAUUACGCGUAGAAUUUACAAGCCAUCACUGGAGAUAAAACCAAACGUAUAUAGAGGCAAAUUUAAGAGAUUUCACGCCUGGUUGAAAGGCCAAGGGAGACUUUUCGACGAAUCCUCAUCCUUAACGUCUUCAGCAGCGAUGACAGAAACGACCAUAUCCGACAUUCAACAGCAAGUAAGCAAGACAAAGAAACGUGUGAAGACCUUGAUACGAACAGUGGAACUUCAAAAUCGACUGUUAGCGACCAUCGCCAGACAAAUGAAUUUAAAUGUCGAAAUGGACGACUUGAAUGUUGGACACUGGGUAAAGCCGCAAUCGACAUAUGACGAGAAAAGUGAGGAGGAAAAAGACGACACUGUAUAUCAUUUGGCAAGACUGUAGCCUGUCAAGCGCUUUGCUAGUGAUGAAUAAAUCAGUGCUUCAAAAUAAUCGUUUUAAUGCUCUAAUCCACCUGCACGGAAUUGACACAUUUCCCGAUUCUGAAAGGUGGUAGUUUAUUUAGCCUGGUGCAAACAGCGGAUGAGAGAUAGGUCUGAUUUAGAAAGCCUUCCCCCAAUCUUGAGACGUAAUAAAAUAAUUACAUAUUUUCCAUU